AUGGAGGCCCUCGAAGACGAUCCCGCCUCCCUCUGCGCAUGCGCUCUCGCUGGGAGAGCUCUCGCCACCUGCGUCAGGACGUCUCUCUACCGCCACAUUUUUCUCUCAGGCUUCUCCCUUCAGAGGGUAGAAAUACCUCUGCUCUCGCGCACCCUCGCUGCUAAUCCCUCCCUUGGCCCUCGAGUGCGGACUCUCGAGAUCUCCGACCCGCGCACUGGGGUCGUCCCCUGGUCUCUUCCGCCAGUAAGACCCGUAUGCGUCACGCCUGAGCUACCCUUGCUACAUCACCUCUCGGAGCUACGCACGCUGAUCUUACACCAAGUCCUGCUGCACAGCAUGGACAGCUUCCUCGCCGUUCUCGCCAUGUUCCCGAAGCUUGAGGACCUGGUCUGCCACACCCUCCUAGACGCCACAUCUAACAACGGAGGCGCCGCUGACGAUGCCGUCGAGCCGAUCACGCUCAACGCUUUGCAACGACGCCCAUUCCCAAGCCUCAGGGCACUCGUCAUCAACAAUGGGUAUUGGAACAGCCAUACGGUACUGGCCGACCGACUGCUGCUGGAUGAUGCGGCGGCGAUCGCCGGCUUACAGCUCCUCGACCUUGACUUUGGGUCUACUUCAGGCACUUUGUGGUGGGCUCCCAUUAUACGCGCCGCGGGCGCCACAUUAUGUUCUCUCAGCAUAUCAGUGGUCGAUCCAACGCCGGACGACACAACCACGUCCGUUCCCGCUGGUAUCGAACGGUUCGAGUCCGUCCACGCGUACGUCCUCGACCACGUAGCGCACUGCACCGCGCUCCAGUCGCUCACGGUCAUCUACCACAUCAACCCACUCACACGCAUCUACGCGCCGCCCCCAGACGACCUCCUCGACGCGCUCUGCACGCUCCUCGAGCGCCACAUCCCGCCAUUGCCAGCGCUCGCACACCUCGCAUUCGAGCUGUACGACUGCGCGAGCAUCGCCGAAGUCUUCAGCCGCGCGAGCUGCACGCGCCUCGCGGGCAGCCUGCUCGACGCCUCACGCUACCCGCGAUUCAGUCUGUUAGCGGUGCGCGUGCACCCGCCGGCGGAUUUCGAAAGAUGGUCGUGGCCAGGCGCGGAGAGCCUGCGGCGGGAGUGCAUGAUGCGGGACGAGCUAUUUGCGUGGGCGCGAGAGGCGUUUGCGGCGUUUGAGGGUGUUCCUGGUGUUGUGCUGGAGGUCGACUCGGGGAGGUUCCCGUCUGAGAGCGGCUCGGAUGUUGAUGGCGCGAGCCUGAGCGUGCGGACGAUGUCUUCUGUGCACGAAUCCAUAUUCUGUUGUGUACCGCGGUGGAGGCCAUUGGCCGGCGGGAUAACUCUUCGUCCUCAACCACCACCACCACCAUCCUUCGUCUUCUUCGAUCUGCUCUGUGGCGACGCAAUUCCUCAGAUGUCCUCUCCUCCUCUAGACAUCCUGUUUACGAUCAUGGACACCCUCGCAGACGAUCGUGCCUCCCUCCAUGCAUGUGUCCUCGCUGGGAACCGAGCCCUCGCCGCCUGUGCACGGACGAUUCUCUACAGAGACGUCUCCCUCUCAGCUGUCUCCCGCGAAGUGGCCGAUUUUCAUCUCUUCUCGCUCACCCUCUCUGCGAGCUGCUCGCUUGGUGCACUCGUCAAGACCCUCAGAAUUUCCGGAUCGCUUGAAAGUCACCCGCGAUACCUUUUUGACGAAAAGCCGCUCCUCACGCCCGAGCUGAUCCCGUUUUCCCACCUGCCGGAGCUUCGCAUUCUGACCCUAGACCAUGUUCGGCUACUUGGUGUGGAUGGUCUGCUCGUCGUCCUUGCCAUGCUCCCGAAGCUCGAGCGCCUUGUCUGCGACGGUCUCUUUGACCAGGCCGCUCUCGACCUUGGCACGAUUUAUGAAGACAUGGAAACAGCAAUAUCGUCUGCGCCUGCAGACAUCGAGCGAAACGCAUCCAACUUUGCAGACGUUUUUGACAGCGUGGCGCACUGCUCUGUCCUGCGCUCACUCCGCAUCAAAUACCUUCCCAAUCAAUAUACGUAUAUCCCCAAUACACACCCUCAGGACCCCUUGUACGCGCCGUGCGCGGUACUCGAGCGUCACCCCCCGCCGCUCCCUGCGCUCGAGCACUUCUCCCUGCAAGCGCGUGUCCGCGAGGAGCAGAUGGUCUCCCCUGCUCCCGCGCUCUGUGCGCGCCUCGCGGACAGCCUGCUCGACGCGACACGGUACCCGCACUUUGCGCUGCUCACGAUACGUGCGGAGCUACAGAAAUGGCAGGGCAAUUAUUGGUCGAUAUCUUGGGAGCCCAGUGCACAGGAGCGCGCCGAGCGGGACGCAAUGCUCGGGCGGCGGGUGUCCUCGCGGGAACCAAGCCGGGAGGACGACGCCUCGAAUGACGUCUCCGAGAAUGGCACGGGUUGGACAAUGUGGUCCGAGUCUGCACAUCGCGCUCGCUCUCGCUGCUUAGUUAUGUAG